GUUUUAUUGCGUUUGCAAGGCCGACCACACGCGCCGCUGAUGUGGGGCUCUGGCACGGAGCGUGACCUGAAUUACAUCGUCAUGCAGUUAUUAUCAACGAAUGUUGCUGACCUCAGAAAACUGUGCCCCGUGCGACGGUUAUCGAGCUCCACUUCAGGACGAAUUAUGCAGCAGGCAGUAGCUGGACUCCGGGAUAUGCAUAAAGUAGGAUACAUUCAUCGAGAUGUGAAACCAGCCAACAUGUGUUUUGGCUUGACUCAUAAAAGUAGCAGGCGAUUAAUUAUCGUGGAUUACGGACUGGCACGGAAAUUCCGUCAGCCGGACGGACGACCAGUAGAGCGCAGAGCUCGAGCCGGAUUCCGCGGUACGUUGCGAUAUGUUUCGAUGCGUGUGCACGAUCGGAUGGAACAAGGGCCAUCCGACGAUUUGAUUGCACUGUUUUUCGCACUAAUCGAGCUGCUAAAUGGUGAAUUGCCGUGGCGAGAUGAGAAAAGCGAUCAAAAAAUCAAAAACGCUAAGUUAAAUUUGGUAAAAAUUCACUUUUUCAUUGCAAUGAUUUUUCACAGUUUUUUCAAACCGCUCUUCAAAUUGUAA